AUGACCACGUACAGAUGCUGCUUUGUCCUGGAACUUGUUUUUGUCCUCCUCACUGUCUUAACAGCUGCUCAAGACAGCGCACAGCUUCAGCUUGUGGAUGGGGAAAAUCACUGUUCUGGGAGAGUGGAGAUCCUUCAUGAGGGCAUCUGGGGAACUGUCUGUCGUAACAACUGGGAAUGGAGAGAUUCCCAAGUGGUGUGCAGACAGCUGGGCUGUGGAGAGGUCAUACAUGGAACAACCUACAUUCAAUCUGACUCCAGGCCCAUCUGGCUGGAAAACAUGAACUGCAGAGGAGGGGAGUCUCACCUGUGGAAUUGUCCUUCUUCAGGCUGGGGGCCACAUGACUGCAGCCAACAGGAGGUAGUAGGAGUUCUCUGCUCAGGAUUUGUGCGUCUGGCUGGAGAGCAUGGACUCUGUUCAGGACGAGUGGAAGUGAACUCUGGAGGAGACUGGAUUCUGGUUUCUUAUGGGAACUUCAUGCUCCCCACAGCUGAGGUCAUCUGUACAGAGCUUUGGUGUGGCAAACCUGUCUCUGUUUUGAGGAAUGUGUCCAGAUAUUCCCAGAGUCCAGAGCUUCGCCUAGUAGGUGGAAGGAGUCACUGUGCUGGGAGAAUAGAGAUCCUUCACCAGGACACAUGGGGAACCAUCUGUGAUGACAGCUGGGACCUCAAAGAUGCCCAGGUGGUGUGCAGACAGCUGGGCUGUGGAGUGGCCCUGAAUGCCAUGACUUCUGCUCAUUUUGGUGCUGGAUCAGGGCCCAUCUGGCUAAGUGAAGUGAAUUGCAUAGGAAAGGAGUCCCACGUGUGGAAGUGCCCUUCCUUAGGCUGGCACAAGUCUUUCUGUGAUCACAAUGAGGAUGCAGGAGUCAUCUGCUCAGGAUUUGUUCGUCUGGCUGGAGGAGGUGGACUCUGCUCAGGAGUGGUGGAAGUGAACUCUGGAGGAAACUGGACUCAAGUAUCUGAUGGGAACUUUAUAUUUGCUAAUGCCCGGGUCAUCUGUGCAGAGCUGGGGUGUGGCAAGGCUGCAUCUGUCCUGGGGGAUGUGGCCUUCAAAAGUGCCAAUGGACAGGUCUGGGCUGAAGAAUUCCAGUGUAGGGGUCAAGAGCAAAGGCUCUGGUUCUGCCCCCGAGUGCCAUGUCCUGGAGGCAGCUGCCAACCCAGUGGGGCUGUUCACAUUGUCUGUUCAGAGUACGCUGAAGUCCGGCUCAUGAAUAAUGGCACCUCUCGGUGUGAGGGUCAAGUGGAACUGAAUACUUCUCAAGGCUGGAGAACACUCUGCGCCUCCCACUGGAACAUGGCCAACGCCAAUGUUGUUUGCCGUCAGCUUGGCUGUGGCAUCGCCAUCUCAACCCCAAAAGGAGCAUACUAUCUAGAAAGAGGUGAAGAGAUCUGGAAGGACCGAUUCCACUGCUCAGGGUCUGAGUCCUUCUUGUGGAGUUGCCCUGUGACUGCCUUAGGUGUUCCUGCCUGUGCCCCUGGAAACACAGCUUCUGUGGUCUGCUCAGGAAGCCAGACCCAACUGAGGCCCCAGUGCAAUGACUCAGCUGGCUCUGCAGCCUCAGAGGGGAGUGCUUCCAACUGCUCAGACAGCAGAGAGCUGCGCCUGGUUGAAGCGGGUGGCCGCUGUGCAGGGAGAGUGGAGAUCCUGCAACAGGGCUCCUGGGGCACCAUUUGUGAUGACAGCUGGGACCUGAGCGAUGCCCACGUGGUCUGCAGACAGCUGGGCUGUGGAGUGGCCCUGCGUGCCUUGGGCUCUGCUCACUUUGGUGCUGGCUCAGGACCCAUCUGGCUGGAUGAUGUGAACUGCACAGGAGUGGAAUCCCACGUGUGGAAGUGCCCUUCUCAGGGCUGGGGGCAGCAUGACUGCAGGCACAAGGAGGAUGCAGGGGUCAUCUGCUCAGAGUUCUUGGCCUUAAGGAUGGUGAGCGAGGACCAGGAGUGUGCUGGGUGGCUGGAGAUUUUCUACAACCAGACCUGGGGCAGUGUCUGCCGCACCCCCAUGGAUGUCACAACCUUGUCUGUGAUCUGCAGACAGCUUGGUUGUGGGGAAAGUGGGAGUGUCAACUUUUCUGUUGUUCCCAGGGAUGGUUCUAGACCCCAAUGGGUCGAUGGAAUACAGUGUCGAAAAACUGAUACCUCCUUCUGGCAAUGUCCUUCUGAGCCUUGGAAACACAGAUCUUGCUCUUCAAGGGAUGAAGCUUAUGUUAUGUGUGCAGACAGAGAGAAGCUCCGCCUCAGAGGAGGAGACAGCGAGUGCACAGGACGAGUGGAGGUUUGGCAUGAAGGCACCUGGGGCACAGUGUGUGAUGACACCUGGAGCCUGGCAGAGGCAGCGGUGGUGUGUCGGCAGCUGGGCUGUGGAUCUGCCUUGGAGGCCCUCAGGGAGGCAGCGUUUGGCCCUGGAAAUGGAAGCAUCUGGCUGGAUGAGGUGCGGUGCAGAGGAAGUGAAUCAUCCCUAUGGGACUGUGCAGCAGCACCCUGGAGACAGAGCAACUGCAAGCAUGAGGAAGAUGCAGGCGUGAGAUGCUCAGGCACCAAGUCAGUCCUAGCCCCUGUACCUGGCAUCUUCUCCAUACCUGGAAUCCUCUGCGUCAUCUUGGGAGCACUUCUUCUCCUGGUCCUUGUCAUCAUGGGGAUUCAGAUGCACAGUUGGAGAGCCCAGCUCCAAGCCUUACAUAGUUUUGAAGAUGCUGCUGCUGAGGCCUUGUACCAGGAGAUAGAUUACCUCAUGAAAUCAGAGGAGAACAUAUUAGAUAGCCCAGAACCUCCAGGGCAGCAUGUUGAUGCUACAGGAAAUGGUUAUGAUGAUGUUGAAGAGUUACCUGCUCUUGAAAUGUCUACUUUCCCUGGAAUGAGUGAGAAGUACCUUUCCUCAGAAGAGGGAAGUGGUGACAGGUAUUCUCAGACAGCCAUCUCUCUUCAGUCUCCUAGAGAAGCUGGCCACUGUAGCAUGGGAGAGAAAGAAUUCACGUUGAUCCUAAGAUCCGAAGACCCUCAAUACGAUGAUAUUGAGCUUGAUGCCAUGUAG